AUGGCCGGCGACAAGGGGCGCGGCCUCUUUUACAGGCCGCAGAUCAAGAACGACAGCAGCAUCACAAGGGGCACACUGCUUCUGCGAUUGAAGCCAGACAUCUGGGUGCCACUGUCGUCGAGGAUUGCCUCGCACUGUUAUCGCUGCCUGGCCCCUGCGAACAAGCCUGCGGCCUUGGGAGACAAACAAGGCGAAACGAAACGCGACCUCUUUCGAUGCAAGGGUUGCCGCAUUGCGCGAUAUUGCGGCGAGUCGUGCCAGCGAGCUGAUUGGCCCUCGCACCGCUCCGAAUGUCGGGCAUACAAGAGGGCAUCAUCCGUAAAAGGCAGCGACGUCGAGCCGGGAACAUCGGUGCGCAUGCUCGCCAGGCUUGCCGCGGCCAAGAGCAUGGACCCGAAGCUAUGGAGGCGAAUCGAGUCGUUGCACUCGUAUCGCAGCGAGCAGAACAAGGGAGGACUCACGUCUGAAGCUGAGGCAGCCUUUGCGACCGCUGCUUUCCUCUGUUCCCCUCCUUCAUCGGCAGGCUCCACUAGCGACGAAAAGCACCAAGCAGAGGUCUUGCACGAGCUCGGCUUUGACUCGUCAAGGGAUCUCCUCGAUCUAGUCUGCAAGCUCAACGCAAACUCGAUCACUGUCACCGCCUCUGACCUGGCGCCCGUGGGCAUAUGCCUCAGCGUGACGGCCGCCAUGCUCAACCACUCGUGUCAUCCAAAUGCCGCCGUCGUCUUUCCAGACGGGCCCUCUACUUCUGUCGAGAGCAUGGCUGUUGUGGCCAUUCGCGACAUUGCGCCAGGUGAAGAGAUUGUGACGAGCUACAUCGACGUGACGGACGGCUUUGUCGCUCGCCAGGCCCAGCUGCAGAGGCUCUACUCUUUCCAGUGCGCCUGCAAGCUUUGUCGACGUGUCUCAAAAGCGAGCUUCGUCGACGCGCGAGAGGCGCGGUGGUGCCAAAUGACGAAGGAAUGCACAGGCUGGUAUGCCAAGGCGCAGCGAAGGUGUACAAAGUGCCAGAAGGAGCAUCCAUACGACGAGGACGAGGAGACAAAGCUCGAAAAGGCAGUCAGAGAGGCCGAAGAGGCUCUGCAGAAAACGAAUGAAGAAGAUUCCAUGACGACGUGGCAAGGUGUGCGAAGGCACGUCAAGUCACUCUCAGGGUCCUUACCGCCGUCCGCAUACCCUCUGCUUUCACUCCUGAGAGCUGGCCAGACGGCGCUAGUGACUCUCGCCUCGACGGCCCUGGAUACAGGCAUGGGUGAGCGUGCCCUCGACCUCUUCGAUGAGGCCACGCGCUUCGCCAUGCUCGUCGUGGCUGGGAUGAAUGCAAGGGGAAUCAUGGUCGAAGGACAUCCAGCGAGGGCGAUUGCGAUCCUGACGCUGGCAAAGCUCCUUCUCACCGACGUCUACGAAGCCGUGGCAAGUGCUCCGUCUUCGAAGGCCCCAUCAGGUCACGGUGAGACCUCCGUCCUUGAUCGGCCUCCUGCGCUACCGCCAAGGGGACUGCAGCGGGUCUUGACGGGAAAGCAGAUACUGGAACAGGCCAUCAAAGAGUUGACCAUCGGCUUCGGGCGUCAAGACGGGGGUGGACAACUGACACGGCUUGCAAAGGAAAUGAUGCGACACCUCGAUGAUGAGCUCAAGCUCUUUUCGGCAGGGGCUCGUUUGCAGCAGUAA